AAAGAUAACCUCACAUUUUUCAAGUUCACUCAUUUCUAAUUUGAAAAUGUUUGUACUACAUAAUAAAAUUUUUCAGUUAUAUUACUACAAGUAGAGGUAACAGAUGAAAUUCUGUAUUGCUACACUAUCAGCACAUUUACAUAUCGAGUAAUAGAAUCUGAUCCCCCAUUUUUUAUUUAUAGGACAAAAUUUGAUCAGUUUAUACAAAGUCGAAUUUUCGUAAAUUAUAAGUUUUUGCUAAAAGUUUAAUGAAAGCAAACGUAUGCGAUACUUUAGUAUCUUUGAAACUAGAGUGAAGAUUUUGUUUAUUCGAUUUUAUUUCAAAAUGAAUUCUGAGGGGAAUAUCACAGAGAAAAGUACCAACAGUCUUGAAAGUCAGGAGAUUUCUGAAGGAUCGGCAAAAAUAAAAACAAGGGGAAACGUUUUUUAUAAUCCUGUUCAAGAAUUCAACAGAGAUUUAAGUAUUUCAGUUAUUUCAUCUUUUGCCAAGCUUGUCAGAAAAGAAUCUAUCGAAAAAGAAGGAAAUGAUAUAUCCGAUUUCACAACAAUACACAAUGAAGAUAUUGGUAUCAAAUGUGAAAAUGGUAUUUCCAUUUUGGAGGCAUUGUCGGCUACUGGAUUACGUAGUAUAAGAUAUGCCAAAGAAAUUCCGAGAAUCAAAGAAGUUAUAGCAAAUGAUAUAUCGUCCAAAGCAGUGGAUGAUAUCAAGACGAAUAUUAUUUUCAAUGGAGUUGAGCACCUUGUGAAACCUAGUCACAGUGAUGCCAGAAUGUUAAUGUAUGAACAUCGCAAGGCAAACCAGUUUGACGUCAUAGACUUAGACCCUUAUGGUUGCCCUUCAAUAUUUCUGGAUUCCGCCGUUCAGGCAAUUAAAGAGGGGGGCUUGCUUCUUAUAACAGCUACAGACAUGGCAGUUCUAGCGGGCAAUUCUCCAGAGACCUGCUACAGCAAAUAUGGCGCAGUUUCUUUGAGAAUGAAAUGCUGUCAUGAAAUGGCUCUCAGAAUAUUGUUGCAAUGUAUUGAAUCCCACGCCAACCGUUAUGGUCGCUAUAUUGUACCACUUCUCUCGUUGUCUGCUGAUUUUUAUGUUCGAGUUUUCGUGAGAGUGUUUUCUGGGGCCCACAAAUGCAAAUUCACAACGAGCAAAUUGUCUCAGGUUUAUCAUUGCACCGGCUGUGGCAGCUUCACCUUACAACCAUUAGGGAUUUUGAAAACAAAUGAAAAACAUAAGAACCAAGUGAAAUUUGCAAUACCCACAGGACCACCUGUUUCACAAAAAUGUGAACAUUGUGGACAUUCUCACCAUAUGGGUGGUCCCAUAUGGUCUGCACCUCUGCAUUCAUCUGAAUUUGUACAAGACGUGCUUCAAUCGGCAUCAGAAAAAUUGGGUACUUUCAGACGGAUACAAGGUGUUCUGAGUGUUAUAUUGGAAGAGUUGCUGGAUGUCCCCCUUUAUUAUACCUUGGAAAGACUAAGUGGAACUAUUCAUGUCGAAAUGCCUCCAAUGAUGACUGUAAGGUCUGCAAUUUUGAAUGCAGGUUACAGAGUAUCCUUCACGCACAUGAAUAAAACAUCAAUAAAAACUGACGCUCCGACAAAAGUUAUUUGGGACAUAAUGAGAUGUUGGGAGAAGUUACAUCCAGUUUCCAAAAAGAGGCUUGUAGAAGGUGUACCAGCUUGUAUUCUUUCUAAACAACCGGAAAAAGAAUAUUCUUUCAAAGCACAUCCUGCCGCUAAUCCUGCGUCUCGAAAAAUGGGUUUUGUUAGGUUUCAGGAAAACCCUUUGCCCCAUUGGGGGCCUGGUGUUAGGUCUACAGCAAUGUAAGUAGAUUUGGGAUCA